AUGGUUCCUUCUAUUCUUUUCAAUUCUGUUCUCCUCCUAGCCGUCAGUAUCCCCUCUCUGGCCCAGACCAGUGACACGACAGGGGGAAACUGCACCAUCUUCGACUGGGACCACAAAGCUCCCUAUCUGCGCGAGUACCCGCCGAUGCGCGUGAGUGGCGCCAAAACAUGUCCUCAACAGAAUGAUAAGAACUCGAACAUGACCUGCGCCCUGACCGCGAGCGGAGAUGAGCUGUUCCCGGCCCUGAAAAACGUCACCGGUCUUCACAAUGGCUAUUGGCCAUCCAUGGUCGAGGCGGCCGUGGACAAGGCCAGUUACCUUGCACCGGCCUUCAACGACUCCGUCAUCGUAUCCAUCGACCAGACUCGUAUUCUCCAACCGGGCCAGUCGGGGUACCUCAACCUGACGGCGCUCAUGUUCUGCUACACCGGGGCCCUGUCGAACUGCACAGGGGCUCUCGAGAAUGGGACGGGAGUCGAGUUCUGUGCGCCGGUUUGGCAGCACAAAUACAUCAUCUCGGGCAGAUGGCAAGUGGUCAACAUCAGCAAGGACGAAGUCAGUAAAUAUCCCGACCCGUACGCCAACGAAGUCAAAGACCCCGGAGAAUCUGCCGCUCCUCGACUGGAGCAGGCAGGCUGGAUGGUGGUGCUGGGAAUCACUCUGGGGACAAUCCUGUUGUGA